CGCGCGGGUCACGUGGCGCGGGGCGGAGCCUGCGCCGGACCGGCCGGAGCGUGUCGGGAGCCGGCGCCGAGGCCCGAGCCGCGGGAGCGGAGCGAAGACAUCCCCGAGGCCGCUGUGCCCCGCCAGGCCUCCGCAGCCGCCGCCAUGGGCAGAGCUUGGGCAGCUUAAAUCGCUCUUCUCGAAUCGCCCUUCCUCGGCAUAUUAGUUGUGAUGAAUAGCGCUCCCUAACUCGUUUCAGGUUUGCAAAGCUCAAAUUUUUAGAAGUUAUCAAACCUUUCUGUGCCGUUCUACCCGAAAUUCAGAAACCUGAGAGGAAAGCAGAGUGGACUUUGAAAAGUAAAGAAACUUAUGUUCAAGAAGUUUAGCUAUUUGUUUUAGCUGUUACUGACUAGGGUAAAAGGGACAUUUUAAAUAACAGAUCCAGUUUAGAGAAAAGGUACUAUGGACUGCUAUAACUCUGUUCAUUUUCUUAGUAUGUUGUCAGAUCCCACUCUUUGGAAUCAUGUCAUCAGAUUCCGCGGAUCCUUUCUACUGGAUGAGAGUUAUUCUUGCAUCUAACAGAGGAACUUUAAUGGAAUUGGGUAUUUCCCCAAUUGUAACAUCUGGUUUGAUCAUGCAGUUGUUAGCUGGAGCCAAAAUCAUUGAAGUUGGAGAUACACCCAAAGACAGAGCUCUAUUCAACGGAGCCCAGAAAUUAUUUGGUAUGAUCAUUACGAUUGGGCAAGCCAUUGUGUAUGUCAUGACGGGGAUGUACGGGGACCCUGCAGAAAUGGGUGCUGGCAUCUGUCUCCUUAUCAUUAUUCAGUUGUUUGUUGCUGGUUUGAUUGUGCUGCUGUUAGAUGAGCUGCUACAGAAGGGUUACGGCUUGGGGUCUGGUAUUUCCCUCUUUAUUGCCACCAACAUCUGUGAAACCAUUGUCUGGAAGGCCUUUAGUCCCACUACCAUUAACACUGGCAGAGGUACCGAGUUUGAGGGAGCAGUCAUAGCUCUGUUUCACUUGUUGGCCACCAGGACAGACAAAGUCCGAGCUUUAAGGGAGGCUUUUUAUCGUCAGAAUUUGCCCAAUCUCAUGAACCUCAUUGCUACAGUCUUUGUGUUUGCUGUUGUUAUAUAUUUUCAGGGAUUUCGUGUUGACUUGCCCAUUAAGUCAGCCCGGUACCGAGGACAGUACAGUAGCUAUCCCAUCAAGCUCUUCUACACCUCGAACAUUCCCAUCAUUCUUCAGUCGGCCUUAGUUUCAAACUUGUAUGUGAUUUCCCAGAUGCUGUCUGUGCGAUUUAGUGGCAACUUUUUAGUAAAUCUACUAGGACAGUGGGCUGACGUCAGUGGGGGAGGCCCUGCUCGUUCCUACCCUGUUGGAGGCCUUUGUUACUACUUGUCUCCUCCUGAGUCCAUGGGUGCCAUAUUUGAGGAUCCUGUCCAUGUUGUCGUUUACAUCAUCUUCAUGUUGGGAUCCUGUGCAUUCUUUUCUAAGACGUGGAUAGAGGUAUCUGGCUCCUCAGCCAAAGAUGUAGCUAAACAGCUAAAAGAACAGCAAAUGGUAAUGAGGGGUCACAGAGAUACCUCUAUGGUCCAUGAGCUUAAUAGGUACAUCCCCACGGCAGCCGCGUUCGGUGGUCUGUGCAUCGGUGCCCUGUCGGUGUUAGCCGACUUCCUUGGGGCCAUCGGAUCGGGCACUGGAAUUCUGCUUGCAGUCACUAUUAUUUAUCAGUAUUUUGAAAUAUUUGUUAAGGAACAGGCUGAAGUUGGUGGGAUGGGUGCUUUGUUUUUUUAAGUGUUCCAAAUAUUUCUUUUUGUGUGUGUGAAAGGGAAAAUAUUUUGACACAUUGUUUUUGUCAAAGAACGCCAGUCCCCCUUCUCUUCCUUCACGGUUUCUUGUUUUCAAGUGCUACCUGUCCCAUUUCCAAAAUGGGCACCGAGCUAAGCCUGUGUGCAGCGUUAGUACCAGCUGCCUUAAAACUGAAGUUUACAUUCUCCAUUAAGAAGUGUCCAUCCAGUGUCGCCUGUGCUGCGGGAGAGCAGUGUGACUGCCUUGCUGUGUUCAGUCACCACAGGGAGGCGGUGAUGUGGAUUCCUUUUGCACACAACGUUCAGAACACUAUCCCCCCACGCACACUUGUUUAAAAAUGAAUCUAGUUCAGAUCGCCACUUUCCAAUACUUUUGAGCUUAUUUAAUGAGUUCUGGAACACUUGUAUCUAGUCUAUAUUUUAGAUAAUUACUUUUUAUACUUUUUUAACUCAUAGUAUCCAUGCUCCCGGCCCUCCCUCCCCAGACCCUCCCUCUUAUUGGUCCCUUUCCAAAGCAGCCACGGGCAAAACUCAAGAUGAGUCACUUCUGUCACUAGAGCCAGCUGCUUCUAGUCACUCUUCCCGCCCUUCUUCCCCCUUUCUUCCCGUGACAGCAUACGCGGUGCUGUUGGACUGUAUUGGCUAUGCCUUCUAACUCCAACCAGUCACUUGAGAAUGCCCUUUAAGACACUAUGUCCCAAUUCGGUUUUUUCUUUCUUUUUUUAAAUCCCUGAGGCAAAGAUUUAAUUCUCAAGCAGUGUCUGUAGCUCAGUGGGGGUGAACAAUAAGUAAUUCAUGCUAGGAAUUUAUGUAUGUUGUUGUGUUUACAGCAGCAACAUGAGUGUAAACAGUAGACAAUAAACUUUUAUUUAAUAAAACUGUUUCGGCUGUGUUGGAAGAAUAAAGAAAUCUGAUACUGUGUUUUCUGAGAUUACUUGUAUGGGUUCACUGUAUUCAUACAGAGCCCAUGGUGAUUUGCCUGUUCAAAGAGGCCAAAUGUGAUUACAUACUGACGUUUAAUCCUCAACUGUUCAGGGACACUGGCCAAUUUAAAGGUGCUCAUGUAUGUGACUAGUAUUUGGAAAAGGACAGGAAGACAGUGGUCUCAGAAGUUUCUCAGUCUCUGUUUGAAACUGCAAAGCUCUCUGUCAGUAUUUCUUUUUUCAAAGUAUGUGCUUUAUUUUCCAGAUCAAACUUAAUUCUGAAAAGAUAUUUUCAGAAGUAGUUUUCCGUCAUGGUUUGCUCUUUCUGUAUGUGUAGCAAGUAUGUCUUAAGCUUAGGGUUACCAAGCCAGGUAAUUCCAGGGCCAAGACAGAUGAGACAAAGGCAGGCAGAAGGGCAACAAGAGCCAGCAUCUCCAAGGUGCCCAGGACCGCUGUCACCACAGGAAUAUGGGACCCAGUGUUGUCGCAAUAUGACAUAAGAAACCUGGUGUUUUAAAAUGUAGGCAGAUAAACAGUGCUAGCCAAUCAAAACAUGCAGACUGCCAGUUCUCAGACACGUCGUCCCCACAGCAUAGCCUGUGAUGUUAACAGAUACAGCAAGGGCUUUAGAGAUACGGGCUAGGAUUCAGCUGCCUCUUGAAGAAAAUGGGGAGAGAACAGCAGACAGAAUGGACAGGUAGGGGUUCAGAUCUCAUUCCCCCAUCGUCAUGAAGAGCUGGUCCUUCCCAUCAGAAGUGGCUUGGGAAGAACGUGUGUGUGUGUGUGUGUGUGUGAAGAGUGGUCUGUGUUGGGGUCUGUGUGCCUUGUCUCUUCUUCAUUUUUGUUUUUUCUUCUGGAUUUUGAAAGGAGUAAUGUGGCAAAUUAUAGGAUGUGUCCUUGUGGGUUAAAGGAAAAGGAUUAAGCUCUUUGGAGCAUCACGAUACCCAUGAUUAAAAAUCAGGACUCUGGGGCUGGCGCUGUGGCAUGGUGGAUUAAAGCUGCCUCCUGCAGUGCCAGCAUCCCAUAUGGGCGCUGGUUCGAGUCCUGGCUGCUCCACUUCCGAUCCAGCUCUCUGCUAUGGCCUAGGAAAGCAGUAGAAGAUGGCUCAAGUACUUGGGCCCCUGCACCUGCAUGGGAAGACCUGGAGGAAGCUCCUGGCUCCUGGCUUCAGAUUGGUGAAGCUCCAGCCGUUGUGGCCAAUUGGGGAGUGAACCAGCAGAUGAAAGACCUCUCUCUCUCUCUCUCUUUCUCUGUAACUCUUUCAAAUAAAUAAAAUAAAUCUUAAAAAAAAAAAAAUUGGCCGGCGCCGCGGCUCACUAGGCUAAUCCUCCGCCUAGCGGCGCCAGGACACGGGGUGCCGGAUUCUGUCCCAGUUGCCCCUCUUCCAGGCCAGCUCUCUGCUGUGACCAGGGAGUGCAGUGGAGGAUGGCCCAGGUGCUUGGGCCCUGCACCCAUGGGAGACCAGAAAAAGCACCUGGCUCCUGGCUCCUGCCAUCGGAUCAGCGCGGUGCGCCGGCCGCCGCGCACCGGCAGCGGCGGCCAUUGGAGGGUGAACCAACGGCAAAAGGAAGACCUUUCUCUCUGUCUCUCUCACUGUCCACUCUGCCUGUCA